AUGGAAGGAGAUGGAUACUUGCUAGUUGUUGGGAAAUUAAAGGACUCUAUUGAGAAGUAUAUAGAAAGCAAAGAAACUAUAAGUAUUGAUGGGUUAAAUGAAGGUAUUGAAAUAGAAAUCAAUAAAACACUAUUUUCUUUAAAACAAAUGCCAUUAAAUCAAGUAAAUGAUUUAUUACUUCAAAGUAAUGUUCUUAUUAAAACAGUUAAUGUGAUGGAUUGUUCUGAUAGUUCUGUUCAAUUAUUUUAUAUUAAUCAUAUUCAAAUACAUUUACGACUGUUAUUUGCUCUCAACUUUAAAGAAGGCUGUGAUCCAUUACCACAAACGUACCUCAAUUCUAUUGUGUUGUUGUUAAACAAUGUAAGGGAAAUAUUGAAUGAAAUUGGUAGUGUAACUUUAAAUGAGUAUUUUACACAGUCCUUAGUCAAUAAGUACAACCAAAUUCCAGCAAGUAUCCACUAUAUCUCUUGUCAAAUUGACCUUAAUCUUCAAGAUGGUUAUUAUUUAAUUGAUCAAAUUAUUAAUCGUUCUGCUCAAGAAUUAGGUCCUAUAUUCUCCAACUCAAGUAAACCAAAACCAGUUGUUACAAAGAAGGAAACGUUGGCUGAUCUUGCUCAUGGUAAACGACGUACUCGUGGAGUUGUUUCAAAUACUUUUCAUCUAAUUUCAAUGGAAAAAUGA